GUAGAGCCCAUUGUUCGACUUUCCCAUCAGUUGUGUCCCACCCACCCUAUUCUCACACACACCCAUACAGAGAGGACCACACCCCCCCCCCCUCCUUCCUCACCUUCCCUCCCCUUCUACGUUAGUCGCACUUCCCUGCCUUCCCAGCCUACCUGAACUUCUCUCACUUCUCCGUCGUCUUCCUCCCCACUUCCUGAAGACUUCUGCAUCAGUCACCGUCAUUCACCCAGUUCUUUGAUGCUGGCUUCCGAGUGUCUCUAUACCUGCUAGUACACCGCAAUUUUACUCAGUGGCCACCGAGAGCCGGCGUUCGGGAAGGUGCACUAGUGAUUGUAUCCCUCAAACGCGCGAUCUCGCUCCCAGUCUUUUUUUGCUCGCCCACAUAUUUCUCCGGGCUCUGCAGCAGGAUUUUUUUGUUUCUGUCCAACAGGAACGGAGGAAGCUGGCAGUAUUAUUCAUCUACCUCCCCCCCCUCCCUCCCACCCUUCUUGUCCAACUUCCGCCGUUGCCCCCCCCCCUUUAAAUUAUCAACCAACGCCCGCAGAAUCAGCACUCCGCCCGCGCUUUCAAUCUCGUCUUCCACAUACACACUCGACUCGAUUAUUGCCAUUCGGGACUACACUUCUUCAACUUACUAUCCGGUCUCAGCAAAGUGUUCUCUCUCUUUCUGAUCAGACCAUCACCUUCCUUCAUAAAUAUUCUCUCUUUGUCUGUCUUUACGUCCUUUACAAAGUGGAUUAUUUGAGCAGCAAACAGUCGGUUUCGUAGGGAUCGAGGACCGAUCUUGUACCUCUUACACUCACUCACCUAUAUCCCUCCAACACAACUCACAUUCACAGUAUGGGUAGUCGGAGAUCAAGACGUCCUCCUUCAUUGAACCUUUCCCUAUCGUCUCGCGAAACAUCUCCCACAAACAGAACUACACCUUCCCCCGAUCCGGAUACGGACGACGAACGCAUGUCAAACGGGUAUAAUAACAACCGGCCGCUGAGUGUAGCGUACCCUACGGGCCCGUACUGUGUAAAACGACCGUCAUUGUCGGAAGUAUUAUCAAACACCGCAGGAGCACCGUUCACCCUUACCGCUUUUAUGGCCUUUCUCUCUCAGAACCAUUGCCUUGAGACCUUGGAGUUUACAAUGGAUGCCACUCGAUACCGAAAGUACUUCAAUGCUUGUGUUGCAAGCGAGGACAACAAGUCUGCUGCUGCUGCGGAGAAGGGACCUGAAUAUGUACGGAUGUUGUGGCGGAAGAUACUGGAUGCCUACAUUGUGCCCAAUGGUCCUCGCGAGGUUAACUUGCCUUGCACCGUACGGAACCACAUUCUUAACCUGCCAUCUUCUCGGACACCGCCACCACCGGAAUCGCUUGAUUCAGCUGUAAAUAUCGUCUAUGAGCUGAUGCAGGAAAGCGUCCUAAUGCCCUUCAUUAGCGACUGCCAGCAACAGGCCGCGUGUGCGGGACAUUACCCAUGGGGAGAGGCCGCACAGUCAGAUGAGAAUUUGUGCAUGCGUGGGAGUCUUGAUGAGCGGUUUUUGAGGAGGAGGAAUAAGAGGGAUUCUUCGCCUCCACCACUAUUGGAUUUUGUGUCGAAUUCCUACUCGAGCGGGUCCACUCGCCAACAAAGAGUGGCUUCUCCUUUCAGUGCGAGUUUGGGAUGGCACAGGAAUUCAGCUGGGAUGGGUCCUGGUUCUUGGGGUUCGGGUAGUGGUGAUAGUUUAAUGAUGAUGGUGGAGGAUUCUGGCACCUCAUCACCGGGGUCAUUUGCAAAUCCUAUGACGCCGCCUACCACUCCACCGACCUGUGAAUCCAUGCUCUCCACCUCGACCACCAGCUCUCCAAAGCACAAGGCAACUGUAGACAAGGCAGCCAAGGGUUGGAAGAAUAUGACAGACCUUAGGAAUUUGGGAAAGCAGCUUGGCUGGAGCAAGAAGAAGGGCCCUCAAAUCUGGAGCGAGAACGGCAGUUUCUAAUUAUUUUUCUUCGACCUACGGAUUCCUCUACCAGUUCAUUUUAUUAAUCCGAUAUUUUUAUGCUGCCACGAAGUCGACGAAUCUUAUACUUGUUAUAUCUUCCAAUCAUUGGGUUGAUAUGCGGUUUUUUAUCUACGACACACCAUUUAGACACGAAUCACGUCCUUACAUAACCCUCUAUGAUACGCUAAUUCGCAUCGUUAUCCUCUACCACUACUAACUUAGUCGGGGAUAAACGGGCAUCAUCAUCAUCAUCGACCCUCUUCACCUGUACUUUUACAAAAAAGCGGACGGUUUCAUUCUUCAAAAACCUUGCAUUAUCUAUUACGGGGAUUUUUCUUUUCUUUUUUUACAUUGUGUUUUUUCUGUUUUUGCAUUGUACCUACGGCGCAUUUGGGCGUACUUUUUUUUUGGAGCAAUGGUGGACGAAAGGGAUAAAAAGAGUCUGGGAGUUUCAUAUUUCAACAUUUUCCUUACGGUUGAAGGGUUCAUCAAAUGAGGGGAGGAAUGAGGAGCAUAUUGCUGCUCUUGUUGAGUAUCGCAAUUAUUAUUUUUUGCCUCCUUGGGACGAAAAAAAAAAGAGUAAAGGAUGGAUCAUAUUUUUUUGGGGUUUUUCUUUUCUUUACAAAUCUCCCAGACUUUUUUUUAUUUCCUUUCUCUUGGGAAAUGGGUCUUAUUUGUAACAGAACCCUUAUUUUCCAUCUGUAUUAUGGAUUUUUUCUUCUUCCCCUUCUUGUCAUUAUUAUUACCCCUCAUAUCGUAGGGCGGCUACCUUUUUUUCUCUGGUUGUCUUAUUUCUUUCAUCGAAACUUUAUCGCAUUGGUGCGGGAUAGGAUAGGACAGGAUAGGGUGAAGGGGGGUGGGGAGUCCAGCGAUGUGGUUUUGGGUAGGAAUGAAGAAAGAAGUCUUGCCAAAA